UCUGCGCGCACGCGCGGGAGCCGCGGGGGCCGCUGGGAUCGCGGCGGAACCGGCGCUGAGGGAGCUGCCGCGAUGGACGUGUUUUUGAUGAUCCGGCGGCACAAGACGACGAUUUUCACCGAGGCCAAGGAGUCGUCGACGGUGCUGGAGCUGAAGAGAAUCGUGCAGGGGAUCCUGCACCGCCCGCCCGAGGAGCAGCGCCUCUACAAGGACGACCAGCUCCUGGAGGACUCCAAAACUUUGGGCGACUGCGGCUUCACGAGCCAAACGGCGCGGCCCCAGGCGCCGGCCACCGUGGGGCUGGCCCUGAGGAAUGGGGAGGAAUCCUUCGAGGGUCUGCGCAUCGAGCCCUUCUCCAGCCCCCCGGAGCUCCCGGACGUGAUGAAGCCUCAGGACUCGUCCGGCGCCGCCACCGACCCCCCCCUGCCCUGAGCCCCCAAAUUUUGGGGGAUUUUGGGGAAUUUUGGGGGAUUUUGGGAAUUUUGGGAAUUUUGGG